GAAUCCCGACAUCGCAGAUAAUCUUCGAUCUCAAAGACGAUCUUGGACGGAUAAGUUCCAUAUUCAAUUGACAAUCAUGUCGAGCGAUUUCUUCGUGUAGCUAGGAUAUAACGAAGUCUCUGGGACGGCGACGGACGUUACACAAUGGCACCCAAUGCCGAAACUGAUUCGAGGCCGGGAACACCUCUCCAGACGGCAAUAAGACCGGAUCGAGUAGAUUCAGACUCGGAUGGAAAUGCCCUCAUAAUCCAUCCUCAAGCAUCGCAAUAUAGUUGGUGGACGCGUUGGCGAAGCACAAUAAUCGUAGCCAGUUUCGCGGCUCUCAUCACCCCCUUUACAUCUCUCGGAAGUUGGCUCCUACCAGCGGAAUCCCCAAUCGACCCAACCAACUACGCCCUGCGCACCAAACGCAUAUUAGAGACGACGCCACUCAUCGACGGCCACAAUGACUUCCCGUGGCUUCUGCGCGUCGAGCUACAUAACCGCAUAUACGACGGCAGAUUCAAUCCAAACCAACGCUUGUUAGGCCACACGGAUAUCGGACGGAUGAAGCAGGGGAUGAUGGGAGGUCAGUUCUGGAGCGUGCAUGUCAAAUGCGACGUCGCGCAGAAACACUUCGAGGAUCCAUCUUGGAUAGUCCGCGACACGCUCGAGCAAAUCGACGUAGCUAAGCGGUUUAUCGCGGAAUCGCCAGAUGUCUUUACGUACUGCGAAACACCCACAUGCGCUCGCGCCGCGUUCAAAAAUGACCGUAUCGCGAGUAUGUUAGGGAUCGAAGGGGGUCACCAGCUUGGAGGAUCCAUCGCUGCGCUGCGACAGGCUUAUGACUUAGGGGUCCGAUAUAUCACGACUACGCAUAAUUGCGACAACGCCUGGGCGACGUCUGCCUCGACUGUUGCUCGUGGAAACUCUGAUGAGGGACUCACGACUUUGGGCGCUGCUUAUGUCCGCGAGUCGAACCGUCUAGGGAUGAUGAUUGACCUUUCCCAUGUCUCUCACCAAACUAUGCGAGACGUGCUCUCUAUUACGCAAACCCCUGUCAUAUUCUCCCACUCAGGAGCAUAUUCCGUCACGCCUCAUUUACGUAACGUGCCUGAUGAUGUACUCCGUAGUAUCCGUCGGAACGGGGGGAUAGUUAUGGCUGUAUUUGUGAACCGGUUCUUGAAUAUGAAGGAUCCGAGCGCGGUCACCAUCCACGACGUCGCUGAUCAUAUUUGGCACUUGGCCGAAGUCGCUGGUUGGGAACAUGUUGGCAUUGGGUCUGAUUUUAGCGGAACUCCUUUUACUCCUAGCGGUUUGGAGGAUGUAUCAAAGUAUCCUAACUUAAUCGAGAUAUUGAUGGCUCGCGGAGCUACUGAUGACCAAAUCAGACUCCUAGUGGGGGAUAACAUACUACGUGUUUGGGGGUCCAUCGAGCGCAGAGCUAGGGAGAUUCAAGCCGAAGGGCGAAAGCCCGUCGAGGAAGAGUGGGAGGGGCGGAAGUGGCAUAAGGGCUAUAAACACUCGCCUUACAUGUACCGAGAGACGAGGGAGUUGGCGGCGAGAGAGGACUGGGGUCAGCCUGAACAGUUCAAUGUUGAUAAGUCUGGGAAACAUGUUUCCAUGGUGAAAGCCGAUAAUGAUAUCUAGUUAGUUCUAUUUCCAGUAGUAGCUUAGACUAUUAGGAAUCAAGGCAAUGGGAAUAAUCUACCUAGUUAGCAUCCGGA